AUGGACGCGCGCGGGGGCGGCGGGCGGCCAGGGGAGAGCCCGGGCGCGACCCCCGCGCCGGGGCCGCCGCCGCCGCCGCCGCCGCCCGCGCCCCCGCAGCAGCAGCCGCCGCCGCCCGCGCCCCCUCCGGGCCCCGGGCCGGCGCCCCCUCAGCAGGCGCCCCGGACCGAGGCGGCGCCCCCGGAGGCGGCGGACGAGGGCGGCCAGCGGGCCCGACUCCGCAGCCGAGACAGCUCAUGCGGCCGCCCGGGCACCCCGGGCGCGGCGAGCCCGGCCAAGGGCAGCCCGAACGGCGAGUGCGGGCGCGGAGAGCCGCAGUGCAGCCCCGCGGGGUCCGAGGGCCCGGCGCGGGGGCCCAAGGUGUCGUUCUCGUGUCGCGGGGCGGCCGCGGGGCCCGCGCCGGAUCCGGGCGCGGGGUCCGGGCCGGCGGACGAGGCUGGCAGCGAGGAGGCGGGCCCGGCGGGGGAGUCGCGCGGCAGCCAGGCCAGCUUCAUGCAGCGCCAGUUCGGCGCGCUCCUGCAGCCGGGUGUCAACAAGUUCUCGCUGCGGAUGUUCGGCAGCCAGAAGGCCGUGGAGCGGGAGCAGGAGCGCGUCAAGUCGGCGGGGGCCUGGAUCAUCCACCCGUAUAGCGACUUCAGGUUCUACUGGGACUUCACCAUGCUGCUCUUCAUGGUGGGAAACCUCAUCAUCAUCCCCGUGGGCAUCACCUUCUUCAAGGACGAGACCACGGCCCCGUGGAUUGUGUUCAACGUGGUCUCGGACACAUUCUUCCUCAUGGACCUGGUGCUGAACUUCCGCACGGGCAUCGUGAUCGAGGACAACACGGAGAUCAUCCUGGACCCCGAGAAGAUCAAGAAGAAGUACCUGCGCACGUGGUUCGUGGUAGACUUCGUGUCCUCCAUCCCCGUGGACUACAUCUUCCUCAUCGUAGAGAAGGGCAUCGACUCCGAGGUCUACAAGACGGCGCGCGCCCUGCGCAUCGUGCGCUUCACCAAGAUCCUCAGCCUGCUGCGCCUGCUCCGCCUGUCGCGCCUCAUCCGCUACAUCCACCAAUGGGAGGAGAUCUUCCACAUGACCUAUGACCUGGCCAGCGCCGUCAUGCGCAUCUGCAACCUCAUCAGCAUGAUGCUGCUCCUGUGCCACUGGGACGGCUGCCUGCAGUUCCUAGUGCCGAUGCUGCAGGACUUCCCGCGCAACUGCUGGGUCUCCAUCAACGGCAUGGUGAACCACUCGUGGAGUGAGCUCUACUCCUUCGCGCUCUUCAAGGCCAUGAGCCACAUGCUGUGCAUCGGGUACGGGCGGCAGGCACCAGAGAGCAUGACGGACAUCUGGCUGACGAUGCUGAGCAUGAUCGUGGGCGCCACCUGCUACGCCAUGUUCAUCGGCCACGCCACCGCCCUCAUCCAGUCGCUGGACUCCUCGCGGCGCCAGUACCAGGAGAAGUACAAGCAGGUGGAGCAGUACAUGUCCUUCCACAAGCUGCCUGCUGACUUCCGCCAGAAGAUCCACGACUACUACGAGCACCGCUACCAGGGCAAGAUGUUCGACGAGGACAGCAUCCUGGGCGAGCUCAAUGGGCCCCUGCGGGAGGAGAUUGUCAACUUCAACUGCCGGAAGCUGGUGGCCUCGAUGCCACUGUUUGCCAACGCCGACCCCAACUUCGUCACGGCCAUGCUGACCAAGCUCAAGUUCGAGGUCUUCCAGCCGGGUGACUACAUCAUCCGUGAGGGCACCGUUGGCAAGAAGAUGUACUUCAUCCAGCAUGGGGUGGUCAGUGUGCUCACCAAGGGCAACAAGGAGAUGAAGCUGUCUGACGGCUCCUACUUCGGGGAGAUCUGCCUGCUGACGCGGGGUCGGCGCACGGCGAGCGUGCGGGCUGACACCUACUGCCGCCUCUACUCGCUGAGCGUGGACAACUUCAACGAGGUGCUGGAGGAGUACCCCAUGAUGCGGCGGGCCUUCGAGACGGUCGCCAUCGACCGCCUGGACCGCAUCGGCAAGAAGAACUCGAUCCUGCUGCACAAGGUGCAGCAUGACCUCAACUCGGGCGUGUUCAACAACCAGGAGAACGCCAUCAUCCAGGAGAUCGUCAAGUACGACCGCGAGAUGGUGCAGCAGGCCGAGCUGGGCCAGCGCGACGGCCUCCUCCCGCCGCCCCCGCCCCCGCCCCCGCCGCCGCCGCCGCCGCCGCCCCCACCGCCCCCGCCGCCGCCGCCGCCGCCGCAGGGCGCCUCGGCCAUCGCCACGCUGCAGCAGGCUGUGGCCAUGAGCUUCUGCCCGCAGGUGGCGCGCCCGCUCGUCGGGCCCCUGGCGCUCGGUUCGCCGCGCCUUGUGCGCCGCUUGCCCCCCGGGGCCGCGCCCACCGCCGCCUCGCCCGGCCCCACGCCCGCUGCCAGCCCCCCGGGCGCGCCCUCCAGCCCCCGGGCACCGCGGACCUCGCCCUAUGGCGGCGCGCCUGGCUCCCCCGCUGCGCCCCGCGCCGGGCCCGCACUGCCCGCGCGCCGCCUGAGCCGCGCCUCGCGCCCGCUGUCCGCCUCGCAGCCCUCGCUGCCCCACGGCGCACCCGGCCCCGGCCCCGGCCCCGGAGCCUCGGUGCGCCCGGCCAGCAGCUCCACGCCGCGCCUGGGGCCUGCGCCCACCGCCCGGACCGCGGCGCCCAGCCCGGACCGCAGGGACUCGGCCUCGCCCUCACCCUUGCCCAGCGCCACCAGCGGACCCGACCCGCUGGACUCCGUGCGAUCACGCCUCUCGUCCAACUUGUGACCCUCGCGCGCCGCCCUGUGGCCCAGCCAGGCCGGGGCGGGGCUGUCACUCAGACCAAAGCCAUGCCAUUGCGCAGCCCGGGCCGCCCGCCCCAGAAGCCAUAGAGGAGAC